UUAAUAAUUCAAAUUAUAUAUUUUUCAGAAUGAAUAAUACUAUAAAAACUGCAACUGUAAUUUCUAUGAUAGACAUUAAUAAUUUCAUUUAUCAGAUGUCUGCCAAGCAUAUUUUGAGGUUAGGAUUCUCGUGAAAGAAGAAAACAAAAUUUGUUCUUUGUUGUUUUGAUUGUAAUGUAAAUUUAGGUUCCAAUCUAAUAUCUAAAUUCAACUAAAAGUUUACUAUUUAGUUCUGACUAAAUUUCAUUUUAAUUAUUUUUCUCUUUGAUUCAAUAAUAUGUAAAUUUAUAAUGAUACCUAACAAGUGUAUUUGAACAAUCAAAUUAAUUUUUUAGUGUCGACUUUGAAGUACAGUGUUUACUUUUUGAUCUCAUGAAUAAUACCAUUGUUUACUUUGGAAAACAAUUUUCAUCACAAACUAUAUUGAGCUUUUCGGCAGCUAUUAUUAAUUAUUAUUCAAGAAUCAAACCUUAAUUUGAAUAUGAAGUUGUCAAUCUGUCUAACUGUUUACGGUGCAUUCUUGCUUUUGUAUAGUAUCAUCAUAGUUGCAAUAGAAGCUACAAGUUUCUAUGUUGGAUUGAUAUUUACAAUAUUGCCAUUUUUGUGUUUUAUCAUUUUGAACUGGUUUGCUAUUCCUCAACCAAGCGAGGCUGUGAUUAGAGAAAUUUUGGGGGAGAAUCUAUGGAUUAUUGAGAGGGACAGACAUCCCCUUUCCGGUGAAAAUGAAUCUGCUGAAGAUGAUACAUUUGCAAUCAAGACAGUAGCUCACAGGGCAUGUGGAUUAGAUGCUCCAGAGAAUAGUAUGGCAGCUAUUAAAUCGUGCAAAAAUAAAGGGAGCAAAUGCAUUGAGAUUGAUCUAUGGCUGACGGCAGACAAUAUUGCAGUGGUUUUCCACGAUGACACCCUGGAACGUAUGACUAACGGAUUUGGGCCAAUCAAAAUCAAAACCUUUCAAGCACUUCAAGAGUUGAAACUUGCAUUUCAACCGGAACCACAUAUCAAACAAACUUUUGUUGAAGCGAAAAUUCCAACUUUGGAUGAAUGCAUAAAAUUUUGUUUGGAAUCAGACAUAAAACUCAUCCUUGACGUGAAGGACACUAGUGAUGAGAUGGUGCAUACUCUGCUUGCAAUGUAUAAGAGAAAUCCUGUACUAUAUAGAAGGGUGAUAGUGUCUGGGUUUGAUCCAUUAUUCAUAUAUAAAAUUCGAUCAGCUGAUCCGCAAAUAGCGUGUUCAAUGGCGUGGCGACCAGAGUACUUCACUUCUGUGAGCUUCGACGCAGUGCAUGGCAGCAAAAGAUGUUCGCAGCUGUUGCACCGCCAUUACUUCUCAUUAGUGAUGGACUACAUUUCUGCGUGGCUCUUCAACCACAUCCUCUUCUAUCUGCUUGGCCUUUCCGUUGUCUUGCUGCAUAAGGAUGUUUUGUCGGCGAGAACAGUAGCGAGAUGGCAGAAUAGAGGCAUUCGAGUGAUGGCCUGGACUGUCAAUAACAAAACUGAGAAGGACUAUUUCGUCAAUGUUCUCCACAUACCUUAUCUCACCGAUACUCUCAGUUAUACGCAUUAGUUCACUAUCAGGACAAACGUGUGACCCUGCUGUUGGCAUUCUGCCUGCUGUUGGGCACAACAUCCGCCACCAAGACAACCGAAACAGCCACCAAACCACCAGUUCCUCCUCCACCACCUCCAGAAAUACUCUUCAUCCACUUCUCACCAGAUGUCACCGCUCGGCCUCCGAUCAAUGACGUCACAGCUAUGCCUUCCCAGUAUGACGUUACCACUAGUAGGCUGCGAUCUGAGGAUUAUCUGCGCAGACGCGUUGUCUACGAAAUUGAGCCGUAUUUGGGGACGCUGCAAAAUCAGAACCAGUACCAGAGUAGUCCAAACCAGUUGUCGCUGAAUAAUCCGGAUUUUAAUGUGCUCGCUAGCAGACCUAUCAAUUAUCAGAGGCCACCUGGACAGUCGCAACCUCAACCUCAGAGACCUCAAUAUCAGCAACCUCAGAGACCUCAAUAUCAACAACCUCAGAGACCUCAGUAUCAACAACCUCAGAGACCUCAAUAUCAACAACCUCAGAGACCACAAUAUCAGCAACCUCAGAGACCACAAUACCAGCAACCUCAACGACCUCAAUACCAGCAACCUCAAAGGCCUCAAUAUCAGCAUCCUCAGAGACCGGCUUACAAUCCUCCACGUUUACCUUUUGCAUCAGUUUUAUCGAGUCCUUUGAAUAGCAGGCCACGUGAAGAGGAGGUGAUCAGUUGAUUCGAAUUUAAUUGUUUUUGGAUUUAUACGCAAGACAUUGUUUACUACACUUUGAUGACUCAUCAAAACUAUACAAUGGGAGGGAAAUAAAUUGACACUGUUAUUAAGUUUAAACAAUAUUUAUUCAUCGAAACUAUACAAUCGGAGUGAAAUAAAUUGACACUGUUAUUAAGUUUGAACAAUUUAUUCAUCGAAACUAUACGAUGGGAGAGAAAUAAAUUGACACUGUUAUAAAACUUGAACAAUUUUUUUUAUUCAUCGAAACUAUACAAUGGGAGGGAAAUAAAUUGACACUGCUAUUAAAUUUGAACAAUAUUUAUUCAGAAGAGUUGCAGUACAUUGUUUACACUUCACUGGCUGAACAAGACUGUACAAAGGAAGGGAAACAAAUCACCCCAAAUUGAAAAAUUUAUCAUGUAGUAUUCACAGUUUUUUGAAAUUUUGUGUUGAAGUUCUACUUAUUUUUGAGUUGACAACAGAAAAUUCAAAUAACAAUUAAUCUGAAUUAGAUACAGCACAAUUUGUAGAAAAUCACCUGAUCAAAAACAGCACAAUGCACAAAAAAUGAUUUUAUUAAUCAAAUGCAGCACAAUAUUCAGUUGAUGUAUUUGUUGUUACAAGGAAGGACGUUAGUGACCAAAAUUUGACCUAAUAUUCAGAUAAUAUAUGUGUUACCAAGGAAAUGUUGACCAAAAUUUGAUCUUAUUGAUUGAAUAAGUUCUGUUCCGUUGUUUUAUUUUUCAAUCGACAGUGUCGUUUGUUGUAUUGUAGGUCAUAUAGAUUAUACUCUUUUGAAGUACUGAAUAUUAAAGACUGAGUAGUGCAUAUUGAUAAAUUACUUUUUGAUUUCUCCACUUACGAUUUUGGUAGUUAAUAUUUUUUAUUUAUCAUUGAUUUUUCAACAAAAUCCUAGGUAGCCUACUUUUCUCCCAAUUUUGAAAACUGUAUUCACUAGUUGAGGAGCCAUUCAUUGAGUGGUAGGUUACUCAAUAAUAAUUAUUUAAGCAAUAAAUAGCUUUUAGAACAUACAUUUAUAUAUUGUACUGUAUGGUUGAAUAAUCAUUAAAUUUGGAAAUUAUCUA